ACCAGCCGCUGCCGAACUGAAAUAGGCUGCGACUGUUCUGUUGCCAUAUCCUGAAUUAGACAUGGCCGCGACCGGAGUUCUCCCCUUUAUUAGGGGAGUAGACCUGAGUGGGAAUGACUUUAAGGGGGGGUAUUUUCCUGAGCAUGUCAAGUCUAUGAGUAGCUUGCGAUGGCUGAAGCUGAACAGAACGGGGCUUUGCUAUCUUCCAGAAGAACUGGCCUCCCUACAGAAACUGGAACAUUUGUCCGUGAGUCACAACAGCCUCACAACACUGCAUGGAGAAUUGUCAAGUCUUCCCAACCUGAGGGCGGUUGUGGCCCGAGGAAACAGCCUGAAGAACUCUGGUGUUCCUGAUGAUAUUUUUCAGCUGGAUGAUCUUUCUGUGCUGGAUUUGAGCUACAACCAACUCUCUGAAAUCCCUCGGGACUUGGAGAACUCCAGAAACAUGUUGGUCUUAAACCUCAGUCACAAUAGCAUUGAUAACAUACCUAAUCAGCUGUUCAUCAACCUCACUGACCUGCUGUACCUGGACCUCAGUAACAAUAAUUUGGACAGUCUGCCUCCUCAGAUGAGACGCUUGGUCCAUUUGCAGACCCUAAUACUCAAUAACAAUCAGCUUAUGCACGCACAGCUGAGGCAGUUACCUGCUAUGGUAGCUCUUCAGACCCUCCAUUUAAGGAACACACAACGUACCCAAAAUAAUAUGCCCACGAGUCUGGAGGGCCUCACCAAUCUAGCAGAUGUGGACCUGUCCUGCAAUGAUCUGACUCGGGUACCAGAAUGUUUGUACUCGCUGACUAAUCUCAAACGGCUAAAUCUGAGCAGCAAUCAGAUAUCUGAACUGUCACUGUGUAUAGAUCAGUGGACCAAACUCGAGACGCUCAACCUUUCUAGGAAUCAGCUCACGUCUCUGCCUUCGGCCAUUUGCAAGCUUUCCAAGCUGAAGAAGCUGUAUGUGAAUUCGAAUAAAAUAGAUUUUGAUGGGCUUCCAUCUGGUGUGGGAAAAUUGUCCAACCUGGUUGAGUUUAUGGCCGCAAAUAAUAAUUUAGAGCUCGUUCCAGAGGGGCUGUGCAGGUGUGGAAAAUUGAAGAAGCUGGUCUUGAACAAGAACCGGCUUGUGACAUUACCAGAGGCCAUCCAUUUCCUCACUGACCUGGAGGUUUUGGAUGUUCGUGAGAAUCCAAAUCUAGUCAUGCCCCCUAAACCAGUAGACAGGACAGCUGAGUGGUACAACAUAGACUUCUCGUUGCAGAACCAGCUGCGUUUAGCUGGUGCGUCUCCAGCCACUGUGGCAGCAGCUGGUGGAGGGAAUAGUCCCAGAGAUCAUAUGGCCAGGAAGAUGAGGCUAAGAAGACGCAAGGACUCAGCCCAGGAUGAUCAAGCUAAACAGGUGCUGAAGGGAAUGUCAGACGUGGCUCAGGAAAAGAACAAAUCCAUUGAGGAGAAUGGAGACAUGAAAUACUCUGACCUGAAAACCAAACGCUGGGACAAGAACCUAGAGAAACCUCAGCUCGAUUACUCUGAGUUCUUCUUGGAGGAUGUGGGGCAGAUCCCUGGUGUUACGGUUUGGCAGAUAGAAAACUUUGUACCCAUGCAGGUGGACGAGGCCUUCCACGGGAAGUUCUAUGAAGCAGACUGUUACAUUAUUCUUAAGACGUUCUUAGAUGACAACGGAGCCCUGAACUGGCAUAUCUAUUACUGGAUCGGGCAAGAAGCUACGCUCGAUAAGAAAGCCGGCUCUGCUAUCCAUGCUGUCAAUCUCCGUAAUUAUUUGGGUGCUGAGUGUAGGACAAUCAGAGAGGAGAUGGGAGAUGAGAGUGAAGAAUUCACUGCGGUGUUCGACAAUGAGAUUUCUUACAUCGAGGGUGGAACUUCUAGCGGAUUUUUCACCGUAGAGGACACGCAAUACCCGACCAGGUUGUACAGGGUUUAUGGGAAAAAGAACAUCAGAUUAGAAUCUGUGCCUCUGAAAGCAUCCUCACUGGACCCACGAUUUGUCUUUUUGUUGGACACUGGUCUUGAAUUAUUUAUUUGGAGAGGAGCAAAUGCAACACUUGGUGGUACUACAAAAGCAAGGUUAUUUGCUGAAAAGAUUAACAAAAAUGAGCGAAAAAGCAAAGCAGAGAUUACGACUUUGAUGCAGAAUCAUGAACCCCCGGAAUUCUGGGAAAAGCUUGGGGGACAGCCGGAAGAAAUCAAGAAACAUGUCCCUGAUGACUUCACUCCUGUCCGACCCAAGCUCUAUAAGGUUGGCUUGGGGUUGGGAUACCUUGAACUUCCUCAGAUCAACUACAAACUGUCUGUGGAGCACAAGGACAAGCUCAAACUAGAUGUGGUUCCAGAGCACAGACUGGUACAAGGUCUUUUGGACACUAAAGGUGUCUACAUCUUAGAUUGCUGGUCAGAUGUCUUCAUUUGGAUUGGCCGGAAGUCCCCACGUCUUGUUAGGGCAGCUGCUUUGAAACUGGGCCAAGAGGUGUGCAGCAUGCUUCAUCGGCCAAAACACGCCGUGGUCAUCCGUAACCUGGAGGGCACGGAGGGACAGGUCUUUAAAUCCAAGUUCAAGAAUUGGGAUGACGUGUUGAAGGUGGAUUAUACCAGGAACGCAGAGAGUGUGAAACAAAACGAGGGCUUGUCUGGAAAGGUGAAGAAGGAUGCAGAGCAGAAAGACCAAAUGAAAGCUGAUCUAACGGCUCUGUUCCUGCCUAGACAGCCAGCCAUGCCUCUCACUGAGGCGGAGCAGAUGAUGGAGGAGUGGAAUGAGGAUUUGGACGGCAUGGAGGGCUUCGUUCUGGAGGGGAAGAAGUUUGCCCGUUUACCAGAGGAGGAGUUUGGUCACUUUAACACUCAGGAUUGCUACGUGUUUCUCUGCAGGUACUGGGUGCCAGUGGAGUAUGAGGAUGAUCAGGAGAAAACAAAAGUGAAAGGAGAAGAUGGAGAUGAUGAGGACAAACAGCCUGAGGAAGACUUCCAGUGUGUGGUUUACUUCUGGCAGGGCCGUGAGGCCUCCAACAUGGGCUGGUUGACCUUCACUUUCAGCCUGCAGAAGAAGUUUGAGAGCUUGUUCCCUGGCAAACUAGAGGUUGUGAGGAUGCAACAGCAACAGGAAAAUCUCAAGUUCUUGUCACACUUUAAGAGAAAGUUCAUUAUCCACAAAGGCAAGAGGAAGCUAAAAGUGGACAGUGUGCAGCCAAGCUUGUACCACAUCAGGACAAAUGGAAGUGCGCUGUGCACCAGGACUAUUCAAAUAGCCACAGAUUCCAGUAACCUCAACUCUGAAUUCUGCUUCAUAUUGAAGGUGCCAUUUGAAAGUACAGACAACCAGGGGAUAGUUUACACAUGGGUGGGCCGAGCAGCAGACCCUGAUGAAGCUAAACUGGCAGAGGACAUCAUGAACACCAUGUUUGAUGACACUUACAGCAAACAGGUGAUAAAUGAAGGAGAAGAGCCAGAAAAUUUCUUCUGGGUUGGCAUUGGCUCACAGAAGCCAUAUGAUGAAGAUGCAGAGUACAUGAAAUACGCAAGACUGUUUAGGUGCUCAAAUGAAAAGGGUUACUUUGCUGUAUCAGAGAAGUGCUCAGACUUCUGUCAAGAUGACCUGGCUGAUGAUGACAUCAUGCUUUUGGACAAUGGGAAAGAGGUUUACAUGUGGGUCGGCACACAGACAAGCCAGGUUGAGAUUAAACUGAGCUUGAAGGCUUGUCAGGUCUAUAUUCAACACAUGAGGUCCAAGGAUGCAGAGCACCCGAGAAAACUGCGCCUGGUGCGCAAAGGCAACGAGCCUCACUGUUUUACCCGUUGUUUCCAUGCAUGGAGCGUGUUCAAGACUGCACCUGCAUAAAUCAGCCUCUCACGGUCUGUCUGAGUACAGAAUAGCCCUUCCAUUAUCAAUGUGCACUGCAUCACUCUCUUUAAAAAGCUCACACGUAUAUAUUUGCUAAUUGAUGCAAUAUUAAUGAGUUUUAUAUUUAUAUGUAGAUUUAAAGUCACAGAAAGUCUAAAUGAAACAGUGCAUAGGUAAGCGUUAAGAGAUCAAAUGCUGUAUUCCUUAAGGGAUGGUUUUUAGAAGAACAUAUCUGUUGAGGGAGAGUCUAAAGUUUUUUAACCAUCUAGCUGCACAAGUAUUGUGAAUUGUCUGUUUACAUUUUCUAAAUUCUGCAGCGGUUAUUUUAGAGAUGACUCUUUAUAUCUUUUGUUUGGGCGACACUUUUCGUGUUUUAUUUAGUAGAUGCAUAUCACAUAUACUGCCAAGACUUUUAGUUCUUGAAAGCACAACACCCAUGUCUGUUUCAGAUCUCACCCUAACGCAAUGCUGAUUUGGUGCCUCACACCGGAUUUUUUUUUUUUGUAUUGUUUGCCUUUGAAUGUUUCAUUCCGUCAGCUUGACCCGUUUUACUGCUUCACUUUUGGGAUGUAGUCUCUGAUGCCAAUGCUGAUGGAAUAAUGAAUUGCACAGUUUAUGUGGAAUGUUAUUUCAUUUAUUAUGUGUCAGAAUGAGAAUUUAUGCUUUUAUGCCCUUAAACUGCCCGAGUACAUCCAUAAUAAUGCUGCAGUUAACUGGGUUGAACCAAGCGAUUUUAAUUAACAAAGCAAUCUGUAAUUGCUAUGACUGGCAAUCUAGUGGUCUAGUGCUACUAAGGUUUGGUCUUCACAUAUCAAGGCUGUUUUAGCUUUAGUUACAGAUUGUGCUUUUUAAAAAAAAAAGGAAAAAAGAAAAAGUUAUGGUCCUGUCUAUGGACUACUUUUUUCUAAUUUUGAAUGUUUGUUGAACUUGGACAGGGAAUUUUGUUUAGCCAAGGAAAUGAAUAUUCUUAUUUUAAUUAUGCUUAUCAAAUGUGUUAUGGCUGUCAUAAAAGGGAUUGGUAGAGGUAAAAUUAAUUUGCAAACGAUGGUGAGUUGCCCUAUUUUGUCACCGCAGCUUUGAUGUCAACAUAUAUAAAUGUGUUUCUAUGUGUACAAAUAUUUUCUGCCACUGAUUUCACCUGCAAAUGCUCUAUUUAUGUAUUUUGUAUUGAAUAAAGUUUCAUCACACAUCUGAA